AGCCACGUGCCCUUUUUAAUCAUGCACAGAAACCACGAAGACGAAAAAGUAGUUUUUAUCUACAAAUACCAUGUGAUGCGGUCUAUAAUCCACUUUCACGUGCCAAACUUUAGUAGUGUUAACUGUAAAUCCAGCGAACUUAGCAAAUGUACGGCACAUUAAUGUUACUUAAUGAAACGUUAGUUUCCUGUCGAGUUUAAUCGCGUUUUUAUGCCGGAUCCGGAUCGAACAUGCGUUACACGUUCGAAACGGGCUUUAAAAACUGCAUUAUAUAUACAAAGCGUAAAAAUCUGAAGUCGUAAACACACCCAUAAAAUCCCAUUUAACGACUCGAUAACAGUCGAUCGACUAGUUGCUUUCGGUAUGCAUUUUCCUCCCUCCCUUUACUUUUUUUUAUCUGAAUCAUUUAAAAAAUUCCGCGCGAGAGGGGGAGGAAAAUCAUUCCUCCAUUUUUGAACUUUUUUUUAAAGUGUAUCAGAAGUUUCGGGCUGACAGAUAAACACUUACCAAACGAGAUCGGUAAAUAAUAGGCCUGCGCUAACGGUCCGGUUGAAGGGUACAUCGUUAUUAACCCGGCGUUGAGUUAUAAUUAGGCUGUCAUGGUAUGCAUGAUGACAUGUUUUUAGCCUUAUAUUUGCUUAGUAACACACGUAAUACCUAGAAAAUUACCGGUUGUAAGACGUGCCGCUUGCGCGGUGUUCUUUUUAUAAAGUGACGUCGUCGCACUGGUCCUCGUGCGUUGUAAGUCGUGCCAAAUCGUUCUUUAACGUCGGGUCGUGCACUGGCUACAAUUCGGCUCUUGCAUUUAUAAAAGACAUAAAGUCGUACCGGGUUUUUUAGGUAUUUCUAGUGGUGUACGGCGUGUGGAGAUUUUUAAAGAAGACCACGAUACGAACGAUCUCCUCCCCGUCGUAAAAAAAUAAUAACGACCGAACGUAGAGACCGUAAACUGUUUAGUUAACUACUUGGGACGCAUGGCCUCCGGCAUACAUCACCGGUCACGUGACACGCCAAGCAAUAUAUCAGAAGUCUCGUUAAGAGGAAGAUUGUGGGGUGGGGUGGAAGAAGGGUGUGGCCACGGCUCCAUCCCAUUGGCUAGUGAUAAUAGAUGCACGGACCGACCGGGGAGCAAGUUAAAAGUUGGUGCUCAGAGCCGUCCGAGGCGCCUGCCUGAUGUGACGCGUGGCUAUUCGUUUCGGUCCCCCUGGUACGGCUACAGUCGGCGAAAAUGUUUCCGCUGCUGUUAACCUUUCUGGCGGUUUCGGUUUAUGCUACGGAAAUGGCACCGAUGUGCGAGCCCAUCAAAAUCGAAAUGUGUAAGGAUUUGGGUUAUAAUGUCACCGGAAUGCCCAACUUAGUGGGACACGAACUUCAACAAGACGCCCAGCUGCAAUUGCAAACCUUCACACCUCUGAUACAAUACGGCUGUUCGUCCAGGUUACGUUUUUUUCUGUGCUCUAUUUACGUUCCUAUGUGUACGGAGAAGGUGCCACAGACUAUAGGACCUUGCGCUCCUCUGUGCGAGGACGUUAAGGCCAGGUGUCAACCGGUGUUACAGGAAUUUGGUUUUCCCUGGCCUUCAGCUUUAGAGUGUAGCAAGUUUCCGUCCGAAAACAACGACGUACACAUGUGUAUGGAGGGACCGGAACCGACGGGACAUGAUCAUCACCAACUUCACGGUUACGGUUCGAGACGCUUCGCCGAUCGAGGCAUUAACGUGCCUACCAAGCCUUCUUACAGGCAUCGUUACAGCCAACACUACGGACUGUGCAGUGGAUACAAAGUCGAAAGCUUCUACUACAUCAAUCGCACGGGGCGUUGCGCCCAAACGUGCGACGCCGAAGUGUUAUUCAGUCGAGACAACAAGAACUUUGCAGAGAUUUGGGUUACGGUAUGGUCCGGUUUGUGUUUCCUUUCCACGCUUUUCACCGUCUUUACCUUCCUCGUCAACUCCUCCAAAUUCCGCUACCCGGAGAGGGCCAUAGUCUUCAUAAGCGGUACGUAUAACGUUUACAGUGUUGCCUACUUUAUACGUUUAGUGGCGGGGCGGGAAGAGGUUUCCUGUCACGAGGACAGUCAGCACGGAGUGCCCAUCUUGAUCCAGGAAGGCCUGGAUAACAUCAAUUGCACCAUCAUUUUUGUUUUCCUUUACUUCUUCAGCAUGGCCAGCGCGGUUUGGUGGGUUAUUCUAACCAUCAUGUGGUUCCUCUCGGUGGGUCUCAAGUGGAACAACGAAGCUAUCCAACGACGUUGUACUUACUUUCAUAUGUUCGGUUGGUCACUCCCCACCCUGAAAACCAUCGCCAUACUAGUUUUGAGAGUGGUCGACGCCGACGAAUUGACCGGAACUUGUUACGUAGGCAAUCAGAGCCCCCAAAAUUUACUCGGUUUCGUCAUCGUCCCGUCAUUUGUUUACCUGAUCAUCGGUUCCAUCUUCUUACUCGCUGGACUUUAUUAUAUAUUAAAAUCAAAACACUCGCCGACUCUUCACACACACCACCGCAACAAUUGUUGCAAAGUGGAAAAAUUAGAUAUUUUAACCAUCAGAAUUGGUAUUUUUGCGGUACUUUACAUAGUACCGGCCUUGUGCGUGCUGGCUGCAAACUUUUACGAAUAUUACUCCAGGGAUAAGUGGCUGGCAGCGGGUUCCAACAGCAGGCCAAAUGUGGAAGUGUUUACGCUAGAGAUCUUCAUGUCGUUGGUGGUUGGCAUAACUACGGGGCUAUGGAUAUGGUCGAGUAAGAGCCCGUUGAACACAUGGAAGAAGUUUUAUAACAGAUUUAAUGGAAAAGAAAGGCCGAUGCCCAUGUACAUCCACAUGGUGCCACAGAAGCAACGGUUGGUUGUAGAUAGAUGCAAGAGGCCACUAAACAAAAGUGGCAACGAAACUACCGUUUAAACUAGCUCAAAGACUAAAAAGUGUAAACCUUUAACCAAAUGUACCAAUUUGUUCCUAUUCCGUGUACUUUUAUUAAUAGGUACAGUUCAUUUUAGAAAAUUUGUAUACGUGUACGUUUUCCGACGCCUUAAAAUUAGUGUGUUUACCUGUAAUUUAAAAAUAGCGCGAGAAUUAUAAAUAUGUAUAUACAUAUAUAUUUUUACAUGAAUUUUAAAUAAAUCAAUGUUAAGC